UCAUACAAGGCCAUUUACCAUGUUCUCAGGAACCCCCAUCGUGUAUCCCCUUUGUGGAGAUUGAAACAGGGAGAAACAAUUGUCGUCAGCUUGUCCUCCAUGUAUAUAAUUCUGGAUCACGUCGCUUUGGAAUGCUGAUUCUCCAGGGCCGACAUCUUUCCAGCACCGUCAAUUCGUUUAUUGAAUCAGAGGUUUCCAUCCCCGGACAACCCCAUUUCUUUCUUUCUUUCUCUUCUUCUAUCUUUUCAAUACUCGCAAUCAUGCGCUCCACGCUCUCUUCUUUGGCUACGGCCCUUCUUGUUGUUUCUUCUUGUGCGCCGGCACUCGCAAAUCCACUCGCUCGAAUCCUCAACGAGAGGCAAGCUAGCAAUGCUUCCGACGUUUGUGUCGAGGAUGAAUACUAUACCGCUCUGCACCAAGAUGCUGCAGAGGCCAGUCCAUUCUGUAGCUCCUACAUUUCAAUUCCUGUCGUGACAUCGACUUUGCCAUAUACUGUUCAGGCUCCUCAAUCGUAUGGCAUUUUCCCAUGAAAUCUUUUAUUCUGCUUGCUAGAAUCAUGUUUCUAAUGAGUUAUUAGUCGGACGACGACGACAACCACGCGGACAACCACUGUUCCGCUC